UGGAGUGGGCGGUGACGUCACCGGAGCCAGGCCGCGGUCGAAAGGGGCGGAGCCCGGAGGAGAUUCCCGAGGCACCUGGCAGUAAACGCGGCUCCGGCGGAAUACGCGGCUUUCCAGCGGUGCCGGAGGGUUCGCGGGGCGCGACCAGCACAGCAGCAUGAAUUCGUCCAGGAGGAGCGAGAGCGACUGGCAGGGCCUCGUGAGCGAGUUCCUGGUGUGCCGGCGGAAACUGGAGAGCAAGAAGGAGGCCCUGCUGAUCCUGUCCAAGGAGCUGGACACCUGUCAGCAGGAGCGGGACCAGUACAAGCUGAUGGCCAACCAGCUGCGGGAGCGUCACCAGGGACUGAAAAAGAAGUACCGGGAGCUCAUAGACGGCGAUCCAUCGCUGCCGCCCGAAAAACGAAAUCAGGUGAACCUGGCUCAGCUGCUGAGGGACUCGAGGGAACAGGGCAGACAGCUGAGCGAGCAGCUGAAGGAGCUGAGUCAGCGUCUGGCGGAAGUCCAGGGCGACAACAAGCUUCUGAGGAUGACCAUCGCCAAGCAGAGGCUGGGUGAUGAGGAGGUGGGUGCGCGACACUUCCCAGCCCACGAGCGCGAAGACCUGGUGCAGCAGCUGGAGAAGGCCCGGGAGCAGAACGAGGAGCUGGAGCACAGCCUGAAGGCGGCGACGGACGAGCUGCAGGACGUGAAGGCCGAGCGAGCUGUGUUCCAGGAGAAAGCCAGCCGCCUCAACCGGGAGCUCAACCGCGUCUUGGGGGGCGAGGAGAAUCGCAUCAUCGACGUGGACGCGCUGUGCAUGGAGAACAGAUAUUUACAUGAACGACUUAAGCAGGUACAAGAAGAGGUGAACUUGCUCAAAAUGAACGUCUUGAAAUACAAGAGCGCUUUGGAGAGGCGGAAGAAUUCCAAAAUCUGUGGCAGGUCCAACAGCAGCGCCCUGACGGGAGUCCUUUCGGCCAAACAAGUGCAGGAGCUCCUGCUGUCUGAGGACAAUGGCUGUAGCCUGCCGGCCACACCCCAGUCCAUCUCUGACCUCAAGUCCCUGGCUACCGCCCUGCUGGAGACCAUCCACGAGAAGAACAUGGUCAUCCAGCACCAGCGUCAAACCAACAAGAUUCUGGGAAACCGAGUGGCAGAGCUGGAGAAGAAGCUGAAGACUUUGGAGAUGGCUGGAUUGUGGAGUCUUCCAGGCCUGACAUACAAUGUGUCCUUGGGACUUGCGAGAGGAGGAAGAGGUGCAUCGGUCCCAAACGCAAGCGAAGGUCCCGGGUCCCCACCUCCAGAGCCUGUGGGGCCGCCGGAGGAACAGCCGGCCCAAGACAACGGGAUGGUCAGCGGGGAGGUAUCGAUCGGGGAGCAAGACACUCCGGAUUACAGCGACCCCGAGGUGUCGCCCUGCUCCCGGGGGGGUCCGGAUGGAAGCAGCGAGGAGGGCGCACCUAUUUGUUUGGACACUUCGGAGCUAGACGCCGGAGACGGGGGGGAGACGGACAGGUUGGUGGCGGACGCGUGGGAGCCCAGAGAGGAGCUGGGUGCCGUCCAACAGGAGGGUGCAGAAGAGGCGGACACCUCCGUGGAGGAGUUGGGGGAGGACGCCGUCGCCGGGGCCCCUCCCUGUCCGACAGAGCCGUAUUCCCCGCUAGACAAGUACUCGGAAUUGUCCCUCCCACUUGCCCUUUCCAUCGAGACGGAUCCGCCCACAGAGGCGGGCCGCUCUUCAGGGCACGGUCAAGGGGCGGAGCUUCCGGAGGAGUCUUGCAGCAGGAAGACCCCUAGCCCUGCAGAUGACCGUCAGCCUACCGACGACCAGCUCUCCAACACAGAGCAGUUGGGUCCUUUCAGGACUGUAGAGAGGGACGCCAGCUGUUCAAGAAACGGCCUGUCGUAGGCCUUCGUCCGCACGAAGAGCACAGGAAGCGCAGCCAUUUCGUUCGGGCAUCACCUUUGCGACCUGCCGCACACGGGCCCAUGGCCUUUUAUCACCCAAAUUCUUUCGGUUUCCGUCAUUUGAACUUCAUGGUCAAUGCUAGUAUUCCUCGGGCGGUAUCCGGGUGGUUUUAGGUCGGUUACAAAACCCCCGUACUGCUUUACCGCCACGUCACCGUUCGGACCGACU